CGUCAGAGUAUUGCGCGUUUGCGACUUUCUGCUGGGGCAGCAGGAGCAGUUUUAUAAUAACAAGAAUUAUAUAAACGGAGUUUUGCUGCACAGAGCGUAAUGAUACUUGUCUUAAUGGGAGUAUGUGGAUGUGGGAAGAGUACUGUGGGAGCAUCUCUAGCAAACAAGCUAGGAUGGACUUUUUUUGAUGGAGACGACUAUCAUCCCAAAGAAAACAGAGAUAAAAUGGCAAAUGGAAUACCACUAACUGAUCAGGACAGGAUUCCUUGGUUACUCAUUUUGCAUGACAUAAUCCUAAGGGAAUUGUCUGGUGGGAAACAUGCGAUCAUGGCAUGCUCUGCUCUGAAGAAAUUCUACCGAGAGCUGCUGGUGUUUGGAUCAGAUAUUUUACACUUAAAUCCCAGUGAGCUUCAGCACGAUCUUGCAAAGGAAAUACUGUUUGUGUACCUUCACGGGUCCAUGGAGCUCAUCUGUAAAAGAAUGGCUGCCAGAAAAGGACAUUUCAUGGCUGCAAGUUUGAUUCAGUCCCAGUUUGACAUCCUGGAGCCCCCUUCUGAAGACGAGAACUCUAUUACUGUGGACAUUGACAGUGGCAUCCAAGAAAUUACAGCUGAGAUAGAGAAAGCUCUUUCUUCACAUUUGUAACCAUGGAAACACUUCAAGUCAACAGCAGGCUGGAUCCUGGCAGAACGCACAAUACAGAGGGAAAUGCAUUAAUGACAGUUCCUUUAAUUCAAUACAUAAACCCCAUUUAAUACUUCAACAUUUUUCCUGGAAGUGCGCACUGAAACAGUGUUGCAAUCUUCUUCAGGAUUUUUCAUUUUUGCCAUUAUCUUUAAAAUUGAUAAAUAAAAGCUAAUAAAUGUAUCCUGUGUACAAAUUAAGCAGGCUAUAUUUUUGGUAGAUAAUGACCUACUCUGGUUUAAGUAGAGAAGCGUUGAUUAGUAUUGCUGUCUCAUAAAUUUUGGGUGCUGGGUACAAUUCUGGACCAGGGUUCUUUCUGGGCUUUCCCUUGGUGCUCUGGCUGUCUUCUGUUUUCCAAAGAUAUACUUUUAAACUGUCCUGGUGCCGCCCUGGGCUGUCUGUCCUGGAUUUGGUCCCAUUUUGCACCCUGUACGUCUGGGUAGGCACUGGGCUGUCCAGUGCCAUGAAUAAGCAUCUUUCUGGCCAAUAAUGUUAGAACGGUACAGUAUAUCAUACAGAUUUUACUGUGGCACAGCAUUUAUGAUGAACAUAACUUGUUUUAGAUUCUAAUUAUCUUUGCUUAGUAUAGCAUAAGAAAUAAAAUGACCAAAACUGUGGUGUGUCAUGCACAUAUUGUAAAAAAAUAUCUAUUAAAUACAGAAUUAACAGUUCUGUGUUUAUUUCUUUAUCAUCCAAGACAUGUUGUUACACUGGUUUAUUUGAUCUGAUCCUACAACAAAUUCCAGGUUUAGAGUGGUGGUUAAUUACAAUGAAGCUACUGAAGAUAAAUGAUCAUUAUUACUUAAAAUGCUGAAGGUUGAAUAAAGAAAUGUAUUCAGUAGGAUUAUUUCUCCCUUGUAUUCCAGUUCUCAUACACAGUUUAAUAAAUCCUGACAUGGAAGGAGACCCACUUCAUCCACUUCCGAAGGCAGUACCCACUUAGGUGAUACACAGUCAUUUACAUGCCAGCAGCCUCGCAUCACCCUAGAUCAGGAGGGAAUAGGGAAAAUUCCUUUACCAAUUGAAUUAAGUGGGAGCUUUAUGAAGGCCACAGUGUCCUUCAUGAAUUAGGUGAAAUACUGGUCCCAAAGAAAAAGAGCCACCUAGUGGUCCAUCAAUACCACUUGGAUUUCUUCAGAGGUCUCCCAUCCUAGUAGUGACUAGGUCUAGCUUUGCUUAGUCUCUUAGGUCAGGCAGUAAGGUGGUAAUCCUGCUACCACUCUUUAAUAACUAUUUUAGUACACAUCAAAUAUGUUUUUUGUACAUUUAUACAUAAAUACAUGUAUUUUUAAAUACAGUAAUACUGUGUAGGGAUAUCCUGGAAAUUCCAAUUCAAAUAUAACCUUGCAAAAUGUUUUCUUGACGCAUUCAUUCACUGGCUAUCCCUUGCAGUUGAGGAUGAUUGUCUUCCAUGAAUCCAAAGGUGACUAAUAAGUCUAACAGGGGAUCUGUGUUGGUCUUGUGGUGCAAUAUGGAUUAUCUUGCAUGACAGGGUUGACAUUAUCACAUUUGUUUGGCUGUUGAUGUGUACUGACAUUCAGUUCAGCAUGUUAUUUAUUACAGGAGACAUUUUAACCAAUUAAAGUGACUUUUUUGGACUCCUUCCGAAAA